CAACAGCAACACCCGCCUCGAGUGGUGGCAGUCCCACGGACGACAGCGCGGCGACGGCCAUGCGUCCCCAGCGAACGAGCAGCCUGUCCAGUUCUGGCGGGCCAAGGACCCCCUCGGCAGCAGCAGCGACACCAACACCAACAACAACAACAGCAACCUCGUCGUUCUCACUACAGCCCUCAUUCGGAGAGGCAGACAGCAGUGGCACGCGCAGUGCAAGCGGAAGCAUCACCAGCGCGGACGUCUCGUUCGAGCAAUUCGUCCAGCGCGACCGUGAAGCAGCCGCUGCCGCCGCCGCCGCUGCUGCCGCUGAUGCUAUUGCUGCUGAUUUCGAUGCAUCCGCACUGUCGCCGCCGUCUGCCAGAGCCAGAGCCAGUGCCAGUGGUGGCAGCGGCUCAACCCGCACCUCCGCUUCUGCUGCUCCUGCUCCUGCUACUGCUAUGAGCGGGUCUCCGACGUCCACUUUGACAGCGACCGAGGCAAGCUCAAGCCCAAGAGCAGCAGAUGCCACCACCACCACCACCCCCACUGCGCAUGACGCGCUGGCGUCCCCGUCGUUGUCGCCGUCGUCGUCGAGUGAGGAUGCGGAUCAAUUGUCCAGCCUGCCGCUCACCCACCACUCCUCGGCCUCGUCAUCGACAGUCGCGAGCGCCGGUGCAUCUCCCAAUCCACAGCCUCGGAACAUUCGGCAAGAGCACCACAUGAUUGCCAAGUCCAAGUUCUUGCGCGAGCACGCCAAGGCCUUGCACUCGACUCCCCUGGAGUGGAUUGCACCUCCAACCACCGUGUUUGUCAUCAAAAAGUUCCGCGAUCGCGCAGUCACGGAGCGGCUGAAGGAAAUUACAACGUGGCUCGUGGCCGAGAAGCAACUGACCGUCUUUGUCGAGAGCUCGGUGCUGCAAGAGGAUGCGCUCGUGAAUGAUGUCACAUACGCCCACUCUAUUCUCCCAAAGCUCCAAAAUUUGGACGUCUCGACUAUUGGCACGCUGGCAGACCAGAUUGACUUUAUCAUCUGCCUGGGCGGCGACGGCACCAUCCUAUACGCCUCCUCGCUGUUCCAAGGGCGAUGUCCACCCGUCAUGUCCUUCCACAUGGGCUCGCUAGGGUUUUUGAUGCCGUUUGAUGUGCGCAAUUUCAAGGAGAGAAUCGAGUGUGUGCUCCUGGGCAAAUGUCUCGUCACCAUGCGCAUGCGUCUCGAGUGCGAAGUUAUUCGAAGCAAGAACAACCAAAGAGCGAGCAUGCUUCCGCACGUCUUUCAUGCGCUCAACGAAAUUGUCAUCGACCGCGGGCCUUCGCCGUUUCUGGGUGACUUGCAGGUGUUUUGCGAUGGAAAGCACAUCACGUCUGUGCAAGGUGAUGGUUUGAUUGUCGCCACCCCGACAGGCAGCACCGCUUACUCUGUAUCUGCUGGCGGGUCGAUGGUUCAUCCAAAUGUGCCUGCAAUGCUGUUGACACCGAUUUGCCCACACACCUUGUCCUUCCGUCCCAUCUUGGUGCCGGACACUGUGGAAUUGCGGCUGCUCGUUUCUCUGACGAGCCGCAACUCGGCGUGGAUUUCGCUGGACGGGCGCAACCCGCAAGAGCUCAAGCAGGGCGACGGUUUGCGCAUUGUAUCGUCGCCCUGGCCCGUCCCGACCAUCAAUCGAGUCGACCAGAGUACCGACUGGUUCCGCUCGUUGAGCCAGUGUCUGAACUGGAAUGUGCGACAAAAGCAACUUCCUUUCAAUGAAGAAUCCAGGUACCGCCCUUCCGGGCUGCGACCCUAUCCCUAUCCCGGGUACGAGUCGGCGCCCAGUCUCGACGACGAGGAGGACAAUCCUGAAAAGCGGCGGAUUAGCGCAUUCUUGUAGUGCACAAGUGUGGGGGUCGCAAAUUUUUUUUAAUGAAUACAAUGUUUCUACUC